AUGCAUCAGUUGUCUGCUAUCCAUAUUCCAACCAAGGUCUCUGAAGCAUUAAAAGAUCCUAAGUGGGUUCAAGCUAUAAAAGAGGAGAUGAAAGCUCUUGAGAAAAAUCAGACUUGGACAUUGGAGACUAUACCACAAGGAAAAAAGACUAUCGGAUGUAGAUGGGUGUUUACUAUAAAACACAAUGCAGAUGGAUCUAUCGAGCAAUACAAGGCAAGACUUGUGGCAAAAGGGUACACACAGACCUAUGGUAUAGACUAUGAAGAAACCUUUGCUCCAGUUGCAAAGUUAAACACCGUCAGAGUCUUAUUGUCCUUUGCAGCUAAUUUGGAUUGGCCACUACACCAGUUUGAUGUAAAGAAUGCUUUUCUACAUGGCGAACUUACGAAGGAGGUGUAUAUGGACAUUCCUCCUGGUUAUAAUACUACUCAGACUGGAAUAGUUUAUAGGUUACGAAAAGCAUUGUAUGGGUUGAAACAGUCACCACGUGCAUGGUUUGGACGGUUCACCAUGGCAAUGAAGAACAAUGGUUUCAAACAAUGCAACUCCGAUCAUACUCUGUUCUUGAAACAUCGAAAAGGGAAGGAAAUAUCACAGCUACAAAACUAUCUGGCUACAGAGUUUGAGAUGAAGGAUCUAGGUGGACUCAUGUAUUUCUUGGGAAUUGAGGUGGCUCGAUCGCAGCAAGGCAUAUUUCUCUCUCAAAGGAAAUAUGUCUUGGACUUGUUGACAGACACAGGAAUGCUAGAUUGCAAACCUGCGGACACUCCUAUUGUUCAGAAUAAUCAUCUUGGAGAAUAUCCGAAUCAAGUUCCAACUAACAAAGAAAGAUACCAAAGGUUAGUGGGAAGAUUGAUCUAUUUGUCACAUACUCGACCAGACAUUGCUUAUGCAGUGAGUGUUGUCAGUCAAUUUAUGCACUCUCCAAGUGAAGACCACAUGAAUGCAGUUCUUCGGAUACUUAGGUAUUUGAAGUCUGCACCUGGAAAAGGACUUAUGUUCUCAAAGCAUGGUCAUCUAAAUAUUGAUGGUUAUUCAAAUGCAGAUUGGGCAGAAGCCGAGUUCAGAGGCAUGACUAAAGGGAUUUGUGAACUUCUUUGGUUAAGAAAGUUGCUUACUGAACUUGGGUAUAAACCUACAUCUACAAUGAAUCUCUUUUGUGACAACAAGGCUGCUAUAUCCAUUGCACAGAAUCCGGUUCAGCAUGAUCGUACUAAACAUGUUGAGGUGGAUCGACACUUCAUCAAACAGAAGCUUGAGGCUAAAGUGUUUCAGUUUCCUUUUGUGAAAUCUGAGGAUCAAUUGGCGGAUAUUUUGACAAAGGAGAUUUCCAAUAAAGCAUUCCACAAUUCACUGGAUCAGUUGGGCAUUGGCGACAUCUAUGCACCAACAUGUGGUGUGCCGGAUGUUGUCAAUGGCACACGAAAGGGCAGCAAGAAACACAACCAUAAGCACAAGUCUAUCCAUGGGGUUGCUCAUUAUGAGCUCUUCUUCCCUGGACCGCGAAGAUGGUCCAAAACCCAUCUGACGUAUCGCUUUAGUUCAAGUGUGAACCAAGUCCCUGGCACACAGAAUGUAAGGUCUAUAUGUGCACAAGCAUUUCAGAGAUGGGCACAAGUGACCAGUUUUACAUUUGAGGAAGUCCCUGCGACUACAGCAGCUGAUAUUACCAUUGGAUUUCACAGGGGCAACCAUGGAGAUGGUUCCGCAUUCAAUGGCCCCAGAGGGACUUUCGCGCACGCUAAUCCACCUAGAGGUGGGAAUUUCCAUUAUGAUGCAGAUGAGAGAUGGAGUAGCAAUCCAGGACCAAAUGAGGUAGACUUGGAAUCUGUCGCCGUGCACGAAAUAGGCCAUCUGCUGGGGCUUAAUCACAAUCCUGACCUCCCGGCUGCAAUCAUGUAUCCCUACUUCGAUUAUGGGAUUAUAAAACGGGAUCUGCAUAGACAUUGA